AAAAACGUCAUGAAGCUAAAGUUACCAAACCCGGGGCUGGAGGACAGGAUCCCGUCCCACGCAGACCUGGAGAGGAUGGAGAAGGAGGAGGCCGGGGACAGACCCAAGUGGGACAACAAGGCCCAGUACCUGCUCACCUGCGUGGGCUUCUGCGUGGGCCUGGGGAACGUGUGGAGGUUCCCCUACCUGUGUCAGAGUCACGGGGGAGGUAAGGCUGAGUGCGUCCGUUUGACUAAUAAAAACGUCAUGAAGCUAAAGUUACCAAACCCGGGGCUGGAGGACAGGAUCCCGUCCCACGCAGACCUGGAGAGGAUGGAGAAGGAGGAGGCCGGGGACCGGCCCAAGUGGGACAACAAGGCCCAGUACCUGCUCACCUGCGUGGGCUUCUGCGUGGGGCUGGGGAACGUGUGGAGGUUCCCCUACCUGUGUCAGAGUCAUGGAGGAGGUAAGGCUGAAAACAUCCUGAAGCUGACCAACGCGUUCGACUUCCCUGAGAGCAGCAUCACGGACUCCAACUACGAGGAGGUCUUCGCUCAGCUGAACCAGACCCGGCCGGAUAUCAUUCAGGGGCUGCAGCUGCAGACCUGCGACCUGCAGGUCUUCCUCAGCCAGGUCCAGGCCAUCAUCAAGAUGCCGUUUUCUCCCAUCUGGGCCGUGCUGUUCUUCAUCAUGCUGUUCUGCCUGGGCCUGUCCACCAUGUUUGGGAACAUAGAGGGAGUCGUGGUUCCUCUGCAGGACCUCAAAGUGCUGCCUAAGUCUUGGCCCAAAGAAGUUUUCACUGGAAACUACUGGCUGGCUCUGUUCGAUAACUUUGCCGGCUCCGUCCCUCUUCUGGUCAUCGGCUUCUGCGAGAUGUUUGCAGUUAUCUACAUUUACGGGAUAGACAGGUUCAACAAGGACAUUGAGUUCAUGAUCGGCCACAAACCCAACAUCUUCUGGCAGGACACCUUCCCCACCCUGAAGGAGACGACCUACCCCUCCUGGAUCAACGCCAUCGUCUUCCUCCUGGCCGGGGUUCCCUGUCUGAGCAUCCCCUGCUUCGCUCUCUAUAAAUUCUUUCAGAGGAAAUGCUGCAAGCAGAAGGACUACUACGACGACACAGUGGACACGGGCUCCGAUUCUUCCUCACACUCUCUGAGCUCCACCAUGAGGCUGCAGCUUCCCAACCCGGGCCUGGAGCUCCGCAUCCCCAGCUAUGAAGACCUGGAGAGGAUGGAAAAAGAGGAGGAGGCCGGGGACAGACCCAAGUGGGACAACAAGGCCCAGUACAUCCUCACCUGCGUGGGCUUCUGCAUCGGCCUGGGGAACGUGUGGAGGUUCCCCUACCUCUGUCAGAGUCAUGGAGGAGGUAAGAGGAGAAAGAGUCUGACUUAG